AUGUACGACGACCUGCGGCUGGAGUGGAUCCGCCGCCUUGUGUGUACGUGUUUCCGUGUGCCGAUGGCUGCGGGAGAGAACGUGUUUGACCGACUGCUGCAGCGGGAGGACGGAGGGCGGCUGCGGACCGUUAAACACUUCCUGGGCUGGUCCACGAAGGAUCCGACCGUCUCGUGCCUGAUCUUCUGCAAGAGCGUGCGCGAGGAGGAAGUGGAAGUGCACGUGCCCGUCGGUACCGCCCGACAGACACCGGACAGUACCGAGGAGGCAGAGGAUGCAGAAGAGGAUGAAGAAACAGAAGACAGAGAAAAACCAGAGCCCUGUUAUAGGACGGAGCUCAAGGUUGUCUACCACACGGAUCUGGAGCUGUACGUCGAUCACUUCCCAACCAACUCCAGCCAGUUGCGCAUCUUUUACUUCUUGCGGUGGACAAAUGAGGUAGUUCCAGAGCCACAGAACAUGGAGGAGGCCUGUAGGCUGCUGCCAAAGGUCCUGAACAACGGCCUUCUGAAUGGACACCCUCUGGAAAUGAUGAGAAACCUGCUCACACAUAUCUACCUGCCAGGCUUGUCCAGAGAGAAGGGGCAGAUUGCUGGGGAGGAGCAGAGCGCAGAGGCCCUGGAGGAGGGUGAAGGUGACCAGGAACAAGGAGCCGAUGAAAAAGAAAAAGACAGAGAUGAAGGAGCAGAGAAGUCGACCGCCCUGAAGGCACCGAGCCAGCGGAUGGAGCGGGAUGAGCUUCUCCAUCGACUCUACAAGUUCUUAGGAGUGGUGAACACAACUAUGCAACAACUGCAGAUUCAAGAAGAGAUCCGGAGGCUUCAUGUUCCUGACUUGGAUCUGACGCAGGACACUGAGCUGCUGCUGAGUGAUGCAGAGCUGCUGGUCGAGCUGGAGCAGUGUCUGAUGAACUGGCAAACCCAGAUCACUGUGGUCAUCGAGGAGCAGCUGAGCAGGAAACCACAUGCUCCCGGACCCAUAGCAGAGAUUGGGUUCUGGCAGGAGCGUGCGUCCAUCCUGAACGCGCUGAGUGAACAGCUGCAGCAGCCCACCAUCCAGAGGGUCCUGGAGGUCAUGCGGCGCUCCCACAGAGGAAUCAUACAAACCUUGGAGGCCACGCUGGCAGAGCUGCACAAGUACCGCGUAGAGGCCGACGAGAACUUCCGCUUCCUGAGCACUCUGGAGAGACACUUCAUGAACCUGGCCGCAGGGAAGAGUCUGAGUAUGAUGUUGGAGACACUUCCUGCUCUGAUGAACAGUCUGGGCACCGUCUGGAUCAUCUCCUGUCACUACAACACCAGCGAGCGCAUGCUGCCGCUGAUGGAGCGCAUCGCCUGGCAGCUGUGUGAGCGCGUCAGCCAGGCCGUGCGUGUGCAGCAGCUGUACACGAAGAGCAGAGGCAUGGCCAUGGCUCUGGUGUCCGAUGCCAGACAGGUGCUAGAGCAGUGGAGGCGUUCGUACUUCGAGGUGCGUGCAGACAUCGAGGACCUGUGCCGAGUGCGACGCUGGGAGUUCGACCGCAAGAGGCUGUUCGAGCGCACAGACUACAUGGCCUCUGUGUGCCACAACCUGCACAGCACCCUGCAGGUACCACUCUGUCCCCACAACCUACACAACACCUGCAGGUACCGCUCUGUCCCCACAACCUACACAGCACCUGCAGGUACCACUCUGUCCCCACACCUGCAGGUACCGCUCUGUCCCCACAACCUACACAACACCUGCAGGUACCGCUCUGUCCCCACAACCUACACAGCACCUGCAGGUACCGCUCUGUCCCCACAACCUACACAACACCUGCAGGAACCGUUCUGUAAACACAACCUACACAGCACCUGCAGGUACCACUCUGUGUGCCACAACCUACACAACACCUGCAGGUCCCACUCUGUGUGCCACAACCUACACAACACCUGCAGGUACCACUCUGUGUGGCACAACCUACACAACACCUGCAGGUACCGCUCUGUGUGCCACAACCUACACAGCACCUGCAGGUCCCACUCUGUAAACACAACCUACACAGCACCUGCAGGUACCGCUCUGUCCCCACAACCUACACAGCACCUGCAGGUACCGCUCUGUAAACACAAUCUACACAACACCUGCAGGACUGGACUCCGCAUGACUCGCUGCUGUGUGCAGGUUUUACAAGAUUUCUACAACAUCUUUGGGCUGGAGCUGAAGAAUGUGACUGGAGACCCCAAACGCAUCGACGAGGUCCUGAGUCGAGUGGACGGCCUGGUGCAGCCCAUCCAGGACCUGAGCUUUGACCCCUUCACCCUCUCAAAGAUGCCUCACUGGAAGGCCAUCAUGCAGGAGUUUGACACCAAUGUGGAGGCCAUUGAAGGGGACGCCAUCCACUUCAUAGACCAGUCCUUCAAGACGCUGCGCUCGUCUUCCGCCGCCUUCGACAUGCUCCUGAAGUUCAAGCACAUAAGAACACGAGAGGCCAUUAACAGCCACCUGCUCCACAAAUUCACAGACGUCCUGGCUCAGUACUCCAAGGAGGUGGACACUAUUAACGACCUCUUUGAGAAGCGAAAGGAGAACCCCGAGAUGAUUGCAACAGAGCCCCCAGUAGCCGGCUCUAUCCGAUGGGCACGCUUCCUUGUGCACCGCAUCCAGGAACCCAUCCUUUCCUUCAUCAAAGAGAAAGACAUGAUGAAGAGCGAGCAAGGCCAACAGGCCAAAGAAAAGUACACAGAGCUGGCCUUGAAGCUGAGGGAUUACCAGAAGCAGAAACAUGAGACGUGGUGUAAGGACACAGCGAGUAGUCUGCCCCGGCUGCUCAAGAACCCCCUGCUUCAGGCCCACAGCCCGACCAAAGACCCGGAGGUUUCACCGGGGGCUGGCAGCGGUUUGCACCAGAGUGUUCGAUUCUCUGUUAACUUUGAUCAGAUCCGACAGAUCAUGGCCGAGACCAGCAACUUGGUUUCCAUGGGCUACACUGUGCCAGACCUGGCCAGAGAUGUGGCUCUGCAGGAGGACAAUUUAAUCAGAUAUGCAUGGGAGCUGCAGCAACUGGUCUCUCGCUUCUACAUGGUCAUGGAGAGUCUGAGCGACAGCAUGGCAGGGAUGCUGGCCAAACACAUCAAAACUUUGAGGAAGGAGAUGAGCUUCGGCUGCAAGACUUUCAACUGGAAAUCUCUGGGUAUUCAAGACUUCAUCAACCGGGGUGCACAAGCUGUGUCCAAGUUUGAGUCUUUGGUCACUCAGAUCAAGAAGAAUGAGAAGGACAUUGAGGGAAAACUGCAGUAUCUGGAGACGGCAAACCUCAUCAAACUGACAGGGAACAGUCAGUCUCAGGAGCUCCUCGGAGUGAAGCAGUUUUGCGAACGCAUCACCCAGGAGCGGGCCAAGACCGUGAGUGUGCUCAGCAAGAAGUACGGAGACAUCGGGAUUCUCAUCACCAAGACAGAGUUACUGAUCGUGGAGAGCAGCAGCGGCCGAGCCCCCUGCAUGGCCGACUACUACAAGGCCUGGGAGAAGCGCACGCUCGACUCGCUCAUCAAAAUGGUUCUGAGAAACAUCCACACAUUCAACGCAGCGCUCAUGGGCACCACUCCUCUGUUCCAAAUCGACGCCAUCCUGUCUGUCCCAAAGAUUGUGAUUCAGCCUUUGCGCAAUGAGAUCUACCGGCUGAUCAUGCAGUGUGUGCGAGACUGUGUGGAGAGCACCAAGCAUUUUGUCCGCUGGAUGAAUGGGACGUGCCUGGAGUGCCCCCCUCAGACUGUAGAAGGAGAUGAUGAGGUCUUCAUCUUCAGCUUCUACAGUGACGUGGUUCAGCAGCAGCAGAUCAAUGACAGUGCCAUGAGCCUGUCCCAGAACAUCAAGCGACUUCUUUUCUUCCUGGAACGCCAACUCACCCACUGGAAGAACUACAGUCCCCUGUGGGAAAAGAACAAGGUCAUUGAAGUGGAGAAGUUUGCCGCCCGCAAGCCCACUGUGGUUAAGUACGAUGACAAGCUGCAGUUCUUCUCUGCUCUGCGUCUGGAGCUGCUGCAGGAGCCACUUUACGCAGAGCACCAAAGCAUCCACCUGAACCUGGAGCCGCUCGUCAACACAGCCCUGGAGGCCGCGCAGGGAUGGAUCUCCUCUCUGGGUAGCUUUCUCAACAUGUCCGCCAAGGAAGACCUCUAUAGUCUGAGGGACCAGCUCAUGACUCUGUCCCAGGACCUCCACCAGAGCCCAGACUCCCUGGACGAGCUGAAGUGUGUGCUGGGGACCAUCGCACAGAUCCGCACCUCUGGUCUGUCUCUGCAGGUGGAGCUGAGGCAGCGGGACAUCCAGGAGCGCUAUCCUCCUCUCCUCCUCUGCUCCUCUGCUCCUCUCGUCUUCAGCCCCUAUGCUCCUCUCCUCCUCUGCUCCUCUCCUCUUCAACCCCUCUCCUCCUCUGCUCCUCUCCUCUUCAGCCCCUCUCCUCCUCUGCUCCUCUCCUCUUCAGCCCCUCUCCUCCUCUGCUCCUAUCCUCUUCAGCGCCUCUCCUCCUCUGCUCCUCUCGUCUUCAGCCACUCUCCUCCUCUGCACCCUCUCCUCUUCAGCCCCUCUCCUCCUCUGCUCCUCUCCUCUUCAGCCCCUCUCCUCCUCUGCUCCUCUCCUCUUCAGCCCCUCUCCUCCUCUGCUCCUCUCCUCUUCAGCCCCUCUCCUCCUCUGCUCCUCUCCUCUUCAGCCCCUCUCCUCCUCUGCUCCUCUCGUCUUCAGCCACUCUCCUCCUCUGCACCCUCCUCCUCUUCAGCUCCUCUCCUCCUCUGCUCCUCUCGUCUUCAGCCCCUCUCCUCCUCUGCACCCUCUCCUCUCAGCCCCUGUCCUCCUCCGCUCCUCUCGUCUUCAGCCCCUCUCGUCUUCAGCCCCUCUCCUCCUCUGCACCCUCUCCUCUUCAGCCCCUCUCCUCCUCCGCUCCUCUCGUCUUCAGCCCCUCUACCCUCUGCUCCUCUCCUCUUCAGCCCCUCUCCUCCUCUGCUCCUCUCCUCUUCAGCCCCUCUCCUCCUCUGCUCCUCUCCUCUUCAGCCCCUCUCCUCCUCUGCUCCUCUCCUCUUCAGCCCCUCUACUCCUCUGCUCCUCUCCUCUUCAGCCCCUCUACUCCUCUGCUCCUCUCCUCUUCAGCCCCUCUCCUCCUCUGCUCCUCUCCUCUUCAGCCCCUCUCCUCCUCUGCUCCUCUCCUCUUCAGCCCCUCUCCUCCUCUGCUCCUCUCCUCUUCAGCCCCUCUCCUCCUCUGCUCCUCUCCUCUUCAGCCCCUCUCCUCCUCUGCUCCUCUCGUCUUCAGCCCCUCUCGUCUUCAACCCCUCUCCUCCUCUGCACCCUCUCCUCUUCAGCCCCUCUCCUCUUCAGCCCCUCUCCUCCUCUGCUCCUCUUCUCUUCAGCCCCUCUCCUCCUCUGCACCCUCUCCUCUUCAGCCCCUCUCCUCCUCUGCUCCUCUCGUCUUCAGCCACUCUCCUCCUCUGCACCCUCUCCUCUUCAGCUCCUCUCCUCCUCUGCUCCUCUCGUCUUCAGCCCCUCUCCUCCUCUGCACCCUCUCCUCUUCAGCCCCUGUCCUCCUCCCUCCUCUCGUCUUCAGCCCCUCUCGUCUUCAGCCCCUCUCCUCCUCUGCACCCUCUCCUCUUCAGCCCCUCUCCUCCUCCGCUCCUCUCGUCUUCAGCCCCUCUCCUCCUCUGCUCCUCUUCUCUUCAGCCCCUCUCCUCUUCAGCCCCUCUACUCCUCUGCUCCUCUCCUCUUCAGCCCCUCUACUCCUCUGCUCCUCUCCUCUUCAGCCCCUCUCCUCCUCUGCUCCUCUCCUCUUCAGCCCCUCUCCUCCUCUGCUCCUCUCCUCUUCAGCCCCUCUCCUCCUCUGCUCCUCUCCUCUUCAGCCCCUCUACUCCUCUGCUCCUCUCCUCUUCAGCCCCUCUACUCCUCUGCUCCUCUCCUCUUCAGCCCCUCUCCUCCUCUGCCCCUCUCCUCUUCAGCCCCUCUCCUCCUCUGCUCCUCUCCUCUUCAGCCCCUCUCCUCCUCUGCUCCUCUCCUCUUCAGCCCCUCUCCUCCUCUGCUCCUCUCCUCUUCAGCCCCUCUCCUCCUCUGCUCCUCUCGUCUUCAGCCCCUCUCGUCUUCAACCCCUCUCCUCCUCUGCACCCUCUCCUCUUCAGCCCCUCUCCUCUUCAGCUCCUCUCCUCCUCUGCUCCUCUUCUCUUCAGCCCCUCUCCUCCUCUGCACCCUCUCCUCUUCAGCCCCUGUCCUCCUCCGCUCCUCUCGUCUUCAGCCCCUCUCCUCCUCUGCUCCUCUUCUCUUCAGCCCCUCUCCUCCUCUGCUCAUCUCCAUCUCUGCUCCCCUCUUUGGCCUCUCUUCUUCUCCUCUACCUCUCUCCUCUACCCCGCCUGCUCUUCCCUUGCUGUUCUCUUGCUCUGCUCUCCUAUUUGUGCCAUCUCCCCUCAGCUCAUGGUUUCUGAGGAGGAGCAGCAGUUGGCGGCCUCUUUACCUCAGAUGUGGACAGAGCUGUUUGCUGAAGCUCGCCGCGUGGACCGCAGCCUCACCAAAGUCAAGAAGACUUUCACUGAGAGCACAAAACUGAAGACAGAAGAGUUUAAGCAGGAAGUGAUGAUCUUUGCUGAAAGCUUCAACAUGCAUGGCCCAGGAGCAGUUGGGGACAACCUGGACAGAGGCCUGAGCAUCAUGGACAGUUAUGAGUCUGAACUGUCAAAGAUGGUGUCGCAGCGGCAGGAGCUGACCAGUGCUGAGAAGCUGCUGGACCUGGCGGUGACCGUUUACCCAGAGGUGGUGAGCAUGCAGAAGGACUUGGACGGCCUGAGGAUGAUCUACGACAUUUACCGAGCGCAGAAGGAGGCCAAAGCGCAGUGGUCCCAGACUCUGUGGGCAGACCUGGACUUCCAGCUGCUGCAGGAGGGCAUCGAUGGCUUCUUGAAGCGGCACAGACAGCUGCCCAAAGACGUGCGUGCGCUGCCGGUCUCCUUCUUUCUGGAUGCACGGAUGAAGGAGUUCAAAGAGUCUCUUCCACUUCUGCUGGACCUGAAGAACGAAGCCCUGAGGAACAGACACUGGAAGGAGCUGAUGGAGCGCACUGGGACCAGCUUUGAGAUGAAUCCUAAGAGCUUUACGCUGGAGAACAUGUUUGCGAUGGAGCUGCACAAGUAUGCGAGUGUGAUGGGAGACAUCGUCACGUCUGCAGUGAAGGAGCUGAGCAUCGAGAAGGCAUGUAUCUUUACAAACCCCAAACUCUUCAAUGGAGUGAAGGCGGUGGUGGACUCCUGGCAGAGGAUGUCCUUCUCCAUGCAGUCGUACUCUAAAGGGAACACUGAGCACAGAUCCAUCAUCGGCUCUGUGGAGGAGGUGCAGCUCAGUGUAGACAACGACUCCAUGAACCUGCAGAGCAUGGCGGACAGUCGCUUUGUGGGACCCUUCCUCUCCACCGUCCAGCAGUGGGAGAAGAACCUGUCCCUCAUCAGCGAGACACUGGAGGUGUGGUUGCUGGUGCAGAGGAAGUGGAUGUAUCUAGAGAGCAUCUUUACUGGGGAGGAUAUUCGUGCACAGCUGCCCGAGGAGGCCAAAAAGUUUGACAACAUCGAUAAGAAGUUCAAGGCGAUAAUGAGUGAUGCAGUGAAGGACCCCAACAUCAAGCGCUGCUGUCUGGUGGCCAACAGACUGGCUGAGCUGCAGGGUCUGAGGGACGGACUGGAGAACUGCCAGAAGAGCCUCAAUGACUACUUGGAUUCUAAACGAAAUGCCUUCCCACGCUUCUUCUUCAUCUCAGAUGACGAGCUGCUCAGCAUUCUGGGCAGCAGUGACCCCACAUGUGUCCAGGAGCACAUGAUCAAGAUGUACGACAACAUUGCUUCGCUGCAGUUUGACGGGGGCAGUGACGGGGAGCUGGUGGUCGGGGCCAUGGUGUCUGCUGAGGGGGAGGUGAUGGUGAUGAAGCGACCGGUCCCAGUAGAGGGCCGUGUGGAGGAGUGGAUGAGUGCUGUGCUGCUGGAGAUGAAGAGGACCAACCAACGCCUCACUAAAGAGGCCAUCUUCUACUACUGCAAGGACAAGAGCCGAGUGGACUGGAUGCUGCUGUACCAGGGGAUGAUGGUGCUAGCUGCCAGCCAGGCCUGGUGGACAUGGCAGGUGGAGGAUGCUUUUCGGCAGGUUCAGGUGGGAGAUAAACUGGCUCUGAAGAACUGCGCUGAGAAGCUCCAUCUUCAGAUUGACGAGCUGGUGACACGCAUCACGCAGCCCAUGAAGAAGAACGAUCGGCGCAAACUCAACACAGUGCUCAUCAUAGACGUGCACGCCAGAGACAUCGUGGACAGCUUCAUCCGUAAAAGUAUCAUGGAUGCUCGAGAGUUCGAAUGGGAGAGUCAGCUGAGGUUCUACUGGCAGCGUGAAGAAGACAGCUUGUUUGUGCGCCAGUGCAGUGCCUCUUUCUCCUAUGGAUACGAAUACAUGGGUCUGAACGGCAGAUUGGUCAUUACGCCCCUCACAGACCGCAUCUACCUCACCCUGACACAGGCUCUGUCCAUGUUUCUGGGUGGAGCUCCAGCAGGACCAGCUGGUACUGGAAAAACAGAGUCCACUAAGGACCUGGCAAAAGCUCUAGGCCUCCUGUGUGUCGUGACCAACUGUGGAGAAGGCAUGGACUACAUGGCAGUGGGGAAGAUCCUGUCCGGUCUGGCUCAGUGCGGCGCCUGGGGUUGUUUCGACGAGUUCAACCGCAUUGACGCUUCAGUGCUGUCCGUCAUCUCCUCUCAGAUUCAGACCAUCCGCAACGCACUCAUGCUCCACCUCAAGAGCUUUCAGUUUGAGGGCCAGGAGAUCAGUCUUGACAGCCGCAUGGGCAUCUUCAUCACCAUGAACCCAGGCUACGCUGGGCGCACCGAGCUGCCCGAGUCUGUCAAAGCUCUGUUCAGACCAGUGGUGGUCAUUGUUCCAGACCUGCAGCAGAUCUGUGAGAUCAUGCUCUUCUCUGAGGGCUUCCUCCUGGCCAAGGUCCUGGCUAAAAAGAUGACGGUGUUGUACAAACUGGCUCGUGAACAGCUGUCCAAACAGUCCCACUAUGACUUUGGCCUGAGAGCUCUGAAGUCUGUGCUGGUGAUGGCUGGAGAGCUCAAAAGAGGCUCUCCUCACCUGAGCGAGGAUGUGGUGCUGAUGCGUGCUCUGCGGGACAUGAACCUGCCUAAGUUUGUGUCCGAGGAUGUCCCCCUGUUCCUGGGGCUCAUCGCAGACCUGUUCCCGGGCCUGGACUGUCCACGCGUCCACUAUGCCGACUUCAACACAGCGGUGGAGAACACAUUGGAGGACAACAAAUAUGUGCUCCUGCCCGACCAGGUGGACAAAGUAGUGCAGUUGUACGAGACCAUGAUGACCAGGCACACCAGCAUGGUGGUGGGCCCCACAGGCGGAGGCAAGUCCGUGGUCAUCAGCACCUUAUGCCAGGCCCAGAGCAGGCUGGGAUUGCUGACCAAGCUGUACCCUCUGAACCCCAAAGCCAUGAGCGUCAUCGAGCUGUAUGGCAUCUUGGAUGCAGACACACGCGACUGGACUGAUGGCAUUCUCUCCAACAUCUUCAGAGACAUCAACCGCCCCACAGACAAGAAGGAACGCAGGUACAUUCUCUUUGAUGGAGACGUGGACGCUCUCUGGGUGGAGAACAUGAACUCUGUGAUGGACGACAACAGGCUCCUGACUCUGGCUAAUGGGGAACGCAUCCGCCUCCAAAGCCACUGCGCCCUGCUCUUUGAGGUAGGAGAUCUACAGUACGCCUCCCCGGCCACAGUAUCCCGCUGUGGGAUGGUGUUUGUGGACCCCAAAAACCUGCGCUACAGACCAUUUUGGCAGAGGUGGCUGGAGACCAGACCGCUCAAGGAGCAGGAGACACUAAUCCUGCUGUUUGAAAAGUAUGUGCCGUGCUGCAUCGACCUGAUCAUAGAUGGAGUGCAGGACGGUCAACAGGGCAAGAAGCUGAAGACCAUCGUCCCUCAGACCGACCUGAACAUGGUGAGCCACAACUCCGUGAAGCUGAUCAAGUUCGCGGACGACACCACCCUCAUUGGACUCAUCUCCAACAACGAUGAGUCCGCCUACAGGAGGGAGGUGGACCGGCUGGUGUCCUGGUGCAGUGGUAACAACCUGGAGCUGAACGCCCAGAAGACAGUGGAGAUGAUUGUGGACUUCAGGAAGAGCACUGUCCCCCCGCCCCCACCCUCCCUGAUUGACUCCCCCAUCACCUCUGUGGAGUCCUAUCGUUUCCUGGGCACCACCAUCACCCAGGACCUCAAGUGGGAGCCGACCAUCAGCUCCCUCAUCAAGAAGGCCCAGCAGAGGAUGUACUUCCUGCGGCAGCUCAGGAAAGUCAAGCUGCCUGCACAGAUGUUGGUGCAGUUCUACACGGCCAUCAUCGAGUCCAUCCUCACCUCCUCCGUCACCUCCUCCAUCACCUCCUCCAUCACCGUGUGGUUCGCUGGAGCCACAGUCACACAGCUGUGCGUUAUGUUGGACUGUCUUCUGGAGGAGGAGGCCCUGGAGCGCGACGUGGUGGAGGCCUUCUUCUUGGAGGCUCUCUAUUGCUCCUUAGGGGCUGCGUUACUGGAGACGGAGAGAGUCACGUUCGAUGAAUUUGUUAAGAAGGUGUCACUUCUGACCCUAGUUCAGGAAGAGAAGGUCUUUGCUACUCCAGGUGAAAUCCCAGGACACCUGCCCACUCUUUAUGAUUUCCAUUUUGACGGGAAGCAGAAGAAGUGGGUGUCUUGGAACUCUUUGGUGUCCAAAUACGUGCACAACCCGGACAUGAAGUUUGCAGACAUUUUAGUGCCCACCAUAGACACAACCCGCACUGACUGGAUUCUGGAGCAACAGGUGAAGUCCAAGUGCCCAGUGCUGCUGGUGGGAGAGUCAGGCACCUCCAAAACAGCUACCAUCCACAACUUUCUCAAGAACUUGGAUCCCUCCAAGGUCACAAUGACCAUCAACUUCUCAUCCAGAACCACUUCUAUGGACAUCCAGAGGAACUUGGAGGCCAAUGUGGAGAAGAGGACCAAGGAGACUUACGGCCCGCCCAUGGGCAAGAGAAUGCUCAUCUUCAUGGAUGACAUGAACAUGCCCAAGGUUGACAGCUACGGCACGCAGCAGCCCAUCGCUCUGCUCAAGCUGCUCCUGGAUCGCGGAGGCAUCUACGACCGCAGCAAAGAGCUCAACUACAAACUGCUGAAGGACCUGGGCUUCCUCGGUGCCAUGGGCCGAGCUGGAGGAGGCCGUAACGAGGUGGACCCGCGCUUCACCAGCCUGUUCUCUGUCUUCAGUAUUCCCUUCCCUGCCACCGAGUCUCUGCACCUCAUCUAUAACUCCAUCCUGCGGGGACACACCACAACAUUUGCAGAUGUGGUCCAGAAAGCUUGUAGCACAGUGACCAAGUGCACUCUGGAGCUGUACAACAACAUCAUCCGUGAGCUCCCCCCCACUCCCUCCAAGUUCCACUACAUCUUCAACCUGCGAGACCUGUCCCGAGUCUACCACGGGCUGACCCUGACCCACCCCGACAGGUAUGAGAGUGUGGCUAAGUUUGUGCGUGUUUGGAGGAACGAGUGCCUCAGGAUUUUCCACGACCGACUCAUCGACGAGGCCGACAAAACUCUGGUCCAAGGGUAUGUGUCUGGCCUGGUGCUGGAGCACUUUGGCCUAGAGGCGGAGUCUGUCCUAAAGGAGCCCACCCUGUUCGGGGACUACAUGACGGCUCUGAGUGAGUCCGAGCCCCGGGUCUACGACGACAUCCAGGACUACGAGGCCUCCAAGGCUCUGUUUGAGGAGAUCCUGGAGGAGUACAAUGAGGUGAAGUCCAGGAUGAAGCUGGUUCUUUUUGACGAGGCCUUGGAGCAUUUGACCCGGAUCCACCGCAUCCUCCGCAUGGACCGCGGACAUGCACUGCUGGUGGGAGUGGGGGGCUCUGGAAAACAGUCCCUCACCAAGCUAGCAGCGUUCACUGCAGGCUGCGAGGUGUUUGAAAUCACCCUGAGCAGAGGCUACGGCGAGUCCAACCUCCGCGACGACCUCAAAACGCUCUACCUGAAGCUGGGCGUGGAAAACAAGAAGUGUGUGUUUAUGUUUUCUGACGCACAAGUAGCUGAAGAGGGCUUUCUGGAGCUCAUCAACAACAUACUGACCUCAGGCAUUGUUCCUGCUCUGUUCCCUGAUGAUGAGAAGGAGUCUCUGCUGAACCAGGUAAGGGAGGAGGCUCAGAGCAGUGGAGUGGGCCACACCAAAGAGAGUCUGUGGAACUUCUUUGUCAACAAGUGCUCCAACAACCUACACGUGGUCCUUGGCAUGUCCCCUGUGGGCGACACUCUGCGGACGCGCUGCCGCAACUUCCCAGGGCUGAUGAACAACACUGUCAUCGAUUGGUUUCAGCCCUGGCCUCCGCAGGCUCUGCUGGCUGUGGCGCAGUCCUUCCUGGGUCACAACAGUAUGAUCCCAGAGGAGCACGCGACUGCUGUGAUCUCACACGUGUGUAUGGUUCACGACAACGUGCGCCACUACAGCAUACUUUUCCUGCAGAAACUCCGCCGUUGCAAUUUUGUAACCCCAAAGAACUACCUGGACUUCAUCAACACCUACUGCAAUCUGCUGGAGGAGAAGGACAAGGACAUCCUGGCUCAGUGCACGCGUCUCGAGGGAGGUUUGGACAAACUAAAGGAAGCCACGGAGCAGUUGGGAGAGCUGAACAUCAAACUGGCCGAGCAGAGGGUGGUUCUGGAGGAGAAGUCCACUGCCUGUGAAGCUAUGCUGGAUGAAAUACUCACCAACACCUCUCUAGCGGAGGAGAAGAAGAACCUGGCAGAGGAGAAGGCCAGUGAGGUUGUGGAGAACAACAAGGUGAUCGCGGUGGAGAAACAGGAAGCAGAAAGUUCUCUGGCUGAAGCCCUGCCUGCCCUGGAGGCUGCUCGCCACGCUCUGCAGGACCUGGAAAAGUCCGACGUCACAGAGAUCAGGUCUUUUGCCAAACCUCCCAAACAGGUGCAGGUGGUGUGUGAGUGCAUCCUGGUUCUGCGCGGCCACAAGGAGAUCAGCUGGCAAGCCGCCAAGGGGAUGAUGUCUGAGGCCAACUUCCUGCGCUCGCUUAUGGAGAUGGACUGUGACGCCAUCGGACACAGCCAGGUCUCCACAGUCAAAGGUUUUCUGAGGAACCUCAAAACCAACUUUGAAGAGAUGCAGGCCAUCAGUAAGGCUGGCUCUGGGAUGUUCAAGUUUGUGGAAGCCAUUGUCGGAUACUGUGACGUGGCCAGAUCCAUCAAGCCUAAGAGGGAAAAGGUGGCACGUCUGGAGAAAAACUUCUUUCAGAGUAAGCGUGAGCUGGAGCAGAUCCAGCAGGAGCUAGGUGUUUUGCAGCAGGAGAUCCAGGCCCUCAGGGACAAGUACCAGGCCGCUAUUGAAGAAAAUCAGCUGCUGCAGGAGGAGGCUGAACUGAUGGAAAGGCGGCUCAUCGCUGCAGACAAGCUCAUCUCUGGACUCAGCUCAGAGAACGUGAGGUGGACGAGGGACUUGGAGCAACUGCGACACAGGCGGGUGCAUCUCGUGGGGGACUGUCUCCUGUCAGCUGCCUUCCUCAGCUACCAAGGUGCUUUCAGCUGGGACUUUAGGGAUGAGAUGGUCUAUCAGAGAUGGGUGGAAGACAUCCAACAGAGAGGCAUUCCUCUGAGCCAGCCUUUCAAAGUGGAGCUCCUGCUGACGGACGAGGUGGAGAUCAACAGAUGGGGCUCUGAAGGCCUCCCGCCAGACGAGCUGUCUGUGCAGAAUGGCAUCCUCACCACACGAGGGAGCCGUUUCCCAAUGUGCAUCGACCCCCAGCAACAGGCCUUCAACUGGAUCAAGAAGAAAGAGGAGAGCAACAACCUGAAGAUUUCUUCAUUCAAUGACCCUGACUUCCUGAAGCACUUGGAGAUGGCCAUAAAGUUUGGCUUCCCGUUCCUCUUCCAAGACGUGGACGAGUACAUUGACCCAGUGAUCGACAAUGUGCUGGAGAAGAAUGUGAAGGGGGCAGAGGGCCGGCAGGUCAUCAUGCUCGGGGACAAGGAGGUGGACUACGACCCCAACUUCAGACUGUACCUCAACACCAAGCUGGCCAACCCCAAGUACUCUCCAUCAGUGUUCGGCAAAGCCAUGGUCAUCAACUACACCGGAGAUAAGCCAACUCUGCCUGUGACCCUGAAAGGCCUGGAAGACCAGCUCCUCAGUGUCAUCAUGGCCUACGAGAAGAAGGAGCUGGAGGAGCAGAGAGAGUUUCUCAUCCAAGAAACCAGUGAAAACAAGAAGCUGUUGAAGAACCUGGGAGACUCCCUGCUGCGAGAGCUGGCCACCUCCACAGGGAACAUGCUGGACAACACUGAGCUGGUGCACACCCUGGAGGAGACCAAGUCCAAGGCCCAUGAGGUGUCUGAGAAACUGAUGCUGGCCCAGAAGACAUCAGUGGACAUAGACAAACUGAGGGAUGGCUAUCGUCCUGCAGCCAAGCGCGGGGCCAUCCUGUUCUUUGUGCUGACUGACAUGGCUCUGGUCAACAGCAUGUACCAGUACUCUCUGGCCUCGUACCUGGAGAUCUUUGACUUCUCCCUGCGCAAGUCUCUGGUUGACUCUGUGCUGGAGGAGAGGCUCAAGAAUAUCAUGGACGCACUGACCUACAAUGUCUACAACUACGGCUGCACUGGUCUGUUUGAGAGGGACAAGCUGUUGUUCUCCUUCAACAUGACUGUAAAGAUGGAGCAGGCAGAGGAGCACGUGCCUCAGGACGAGCUGGACUUCUUCAUCAAAGGAAACCUGUCUCUGGAGAAGAGUCGCAGGAAGAAAGCGUGUGAUUGGCUGAUGGAGCAGAGCUGGGAGGAUGUCAUCAAACUGUCUGAGCUGUUACCAGAGCUGUUCGGGUCUUUGCCCGACGAUGUGGAAGCGCAUUCUGAGGACUGGAGGACUUGGUACGAUCUGGACGCUCCAGAACAAGCCGUGUUCCCGGGCAGAUACCAAGGCAGCCUGAGCGCGUUCCAGACCCUGCUGCUGCUGCGCUGCUUCAGAGUGGACCGAGUCUACAGAGCGGUGACCAACUAUGUGACUGUCACCAUGGGAGACACAUAUGUGCAGCCCCCGGUCAUCAACUUCGAUGCCGUGUACGAGCAGAGCACCCCCUUCUCUCCCAUCGUGUUCAUCCUGAGCCCGGGCUCAGACCCCGCUGCUGACCUCAUGAAGCUGGCUGAGCGCUCUGGUUUUCACUUCAAGUUCCUGGCCAUGGGACAAGGACAGGAGAAGGUGGCGCUGCAGCUGCUGGAGAAGUGUGCGUCUCGUGGCCAGUGGCUCAUGCUGCAGAACUGUCACCUCCUGGUGAAGUGGCUCAAAGAUCUGGAGAAGGCCCUGGAGAUGAUCACUAAUCCUAACCCUGGUUUCCGCUUGUGGAUUACCACCAACCCCAUCCAAGACUUCCCCAUCGGGAUCCUGCAGAAGUCACUCAAAGUGGUGACUGAACCUCCCAAUGGUCUGAAGCUCAACAUGAGGGCCACGUACUCCAAGAUCUCCAACAACUCCCUGGCCGCGUGCCCACACCCGGCUUUCCGCAGCCUGGUCUACGUGCUGGCCUUCUUCCACGCUGUUGUCCAGGAGCGACGUAAAUACGGCAAGAUCGGCUGGAACGUCCCGUACGACUUCAACGACUCUGACUUCUUUGUGUGCAUGGAGGUGCUCAACACAUACCUGACCAAAGCCCACACUCAAGGAGACGGCAGCAUUCCCUGGGGAAGCCUCAAGUAUCUCAUCGGGGAGGUGAUGUACGGAGGCCGCGCCAUAGACAGCUUUGACCGCAGAAUCCUGACCAUUUACCUGGACGAGUAUCUGGGAGACUUUCUCUUUAGCUCUUUCCGCUCCUUUCACUUCUUCCGCAACAAAGAUGUGGACUACAAGAUCCCCCCAGACGGACUCAAGUGUGUCUAUGAGGAUGAGAUAGAGUCACUUCCGUUAGCCAACAUUCCUGAUGUGCUCGGGCUGCAUCCCAACGCAGAGAUUGGAUACUACACCCAGGCGGCCAAGGACCUGUGGGCCAACCUGAUCGACCUGCAGCCUCAGACAGGACAGACCCCCCCUCUGAAGCCCCUGUGUCCCAGGACAGACCCCCCUCUGAAGCCCCUGUGUCCCAGGACAGACCCUCCUCUGAAGCCCCUGUGUCCCAGGACAGACCCCCCUCUGAAGCCCCUGUAUCCCAGGACAGACCCCCCCUCUGAAGCCCCUGUGUCCCAGGACAGACCCCCCUCUAAAGCCCCUGUGUCCCAGGACAGAACCCCCUCUGAAGCCCCUGUGUCCCAGGACAGACCCCCCUCUGAAGCCCCUGUGUCCCAGGACAGCCCUCCCUCCAAAGCCCCUGUGUCCCAGGAUAGACCCCCCCCUCUAAAGCCCCUGUGUCCCAGGACAGACCCCCCCUCUGAAGCCCCUGUGUCCCAGGACAGACCCCCCUCUAAAGCCCCUGUGUCCCAGGACAGAACCCCCUCUGAAGCCCCUGUGUCCCAGGACAGCCCUCCCUCCAAAGCCCCUGUGUCCCAGGGCAGACUCCCCCCCCCUCUAAAGCCCCUGUGUCCCUUUGCAGGGCAGUCCGGCGGCAGCGUCAGUAUGGACGAGCACAUCAGUCAGGUGGCCCAGGACAUCCAGAGGACACUCCCAGUGCUCUUUGACCUGGAUGUGAUCCGGAGGAGGAUGGGGGAGAAGGUGUCCCCCACUUCUGUGGUGCUGCUGCAGGAGCUGGAGAGAUUCAACCGACUCAUAGGACGCAUGCACAGCUCUCUGAGGGAACUGCACCGGGCGCUGGCCGGAGAGGUGGGCAUGAGCAGUGAGCUGGACAACAUCGCCCGAGCUCUGUUCAACGGCCACAUCCCGGCGCUCUGGAGGAGACUGGCCCCGGACACUCUCAUGUCACUGGGAAACUGGAUGAGCCACUUCAGGAGGAGACACGAGCAGUAUCACACCUGGUUGCAGCAGGAGCCCGCUGUCAUGUGGCUCUCAGGGCUCCACAUCCCAGAGUCGUACCUCACAGCUCUGGUGCAGACGGCCUGCAGGAAGAACGGCUGGCCCCUGGACCAGUCCACUCUGUACACACAGGUGACCACCUACUGCAGCGAGGAGGAGGUGCAGGACCGUCCCACGCAGGGCUGCUUUGUCAGUGGCCUGUACUUGGAGGGGGCAGAGUGGGACAUGGAGCAGAACUGUCUGGUGCGGAGCAGACCCAAAGUCCUGGUGUCGGAGUUGCCCAUUCUCCGCAUCAUCCCCAUCGAGUCCCACCGCCUCAGGCUGCAGGGGACCCUGCGGACUCCGGUCUACACGACGUCGGAGCGCCGGAACGCCAUGGGGGUGGGGCUGGUGUUUGAGGCAGACCUGAGCACCAAGAGCCACUUGUCCUUCUGGAUUCUGCCUGGAGUCUGUCUGCUGCUCAACUCAGACUGA